CUGUCGGAGAAUCUAUCAAACGGUGAGCUUCAGUCAAACUGUGUGUACACUCAGUAGCAGAAAACUUUUACCAACAACCCCCCGCAACAAACCAAAAACCUUCUCGCCAAUCAUCAUGAAGUGCGCAACGAUCAUCUGUGCCGUCGGUGUUGUCCUGGCAGCAAGCUUGCUGACCAGCAGCCAGGCAGCCGCCCCGGAGGCUGGACAGGAUGCUGUAGCUAGUGCUGCCGUUGCCGAUAGUCCGGCUCUGAAUACGCUCUUUGAUGAACUGCCGGAGGAGACGCACCAGGCGGCAGUUGAGAACUACCGGGCCAAGCGGGCCACCUGUGAUCUGGCCAGUGGCUUCGGGGUGGGCAGCAGUCUCUGCGCUGCCCACUGCAUCGCCCGUCGCUAUCGUGGCGGAUACUGCAACGACCGUGGCGUUUGCGUGUGCCGCCGUUAAGACCGACGCGAAAUGGAAUGCGCGACUAAUGAAAACAACUAAUACCGGCGCUGUGAUCCAACUAACUGUGAGAAGUCCAUUCAGAUAUGUUGCAAUAAAUGAACAGGCUUUUAAAAUUGAAA